ACAGGCUCACAGAUAGUGUACCCAGGAUCCCACGGCACCAUGUAUCUCGCACUCCGGCUCCUCGCGCGCUCGAGACGGCUCUCGCGAGCUCUAGCCUCCGCUUCUGCCUCAGGCUCAGCUCUCGACUUCGGUGGCAGGGCGUCCUUCUUGUUCCGGCCCCCGAACGCCGCUGGGAUGGCAAGCAAAGAGUCCUACCGUAUAGAAUAUGAUACCUUUGGUGAACUCAAGGUCCCUAAUGAUAAGUAUUAUGGUGCUCAGACUGUGAGAUCUACAAUGAACUUUAAGAUUGGAGGUGUGACAGAACGCAUGCCAAUACCAGUUAUUAAAGCCUUUGGCAUCUUGAAGCGAGCAGCUGCUGAAGUAAACCAGGAUUAUGGUCUUGAUCCAAAAAUUGCCAAUGCGAUAAUGAAGGCAGCAGAUGAGGUAGCUGGGGGUAAAUUGAAUGAUCAUUUUCCUCUUGUGGUAUGGCAGACUGGAUCAGGAACCCAGACCAAUAUGAAUGUGAAUGAAGUUAUUAGCAAUAGGGCAAUUGAAAUACUAGGAGGUGAACUUGGCAGCAAGAACCCUGUGCAUCCCAAUGAUCAUGUUAAUAAAAGCCAGAGCUCAAAUGAUACAUUCCCCACAGCAAUGCACAUUGCUGCUGCAGUAGAAGUUCAUGAAGUACUGCUACCAGGACUGCAAAAGCUACAAGAUGCUCUUGAUGCAAAAUCUAAAGAGUUUUCCCAGAUCAUCAAAAUUGGACGUACUCACACACAGGAUGCUGUUCCUCUUACUCUUGGCCAGGAAUUUAGUGGUUAUGUUCAACAAGUGAAAUAUGCCAUGACAAGAAUUAAAGCGGCUAUGCCAAGAAUCUAUGAGCUUGCAGCUGGAGGCACUGCUGUUGGUACUGGUUUAAAUACUAGAAUUGGCUUUGCGGAAAAAGUUGCUGCAAAAGUAUCUUCACUCACAGGCUUGCCUUUUGUCACAGCUCCAAAUAAAUUUGAAGCUCUGGCUGCUCAUGAUGCUUUGGUUGAACUUAGUGGAGCCAUGAACACUACUGCCUGCAGUUUGAUGAAGAUAGCAAAUGAUAUUCGUUUUCUCGGCUCUGGUCCCCGCUCAGGUCUGGGAGAAUUGAUCUUACCUGAAAAUGAACCAGGAAGUAGCAUUAUGCCAGGCAAGGUGAACCCUACCCAGUGUGAAGCAAUGACAAUGGUUGCAGCUCAAGUUAUGGGGAAUCAUGUUGCUGUUACUGUAGGAGGCAGCAACGGACAUUUUGAGUUGAAUGUUUUCAAGCCAAUGAUGAUUAAAAAUGUGUUACACUCAGCCAGGCUCCUAGGGGAUGCAUCUGUUUCCUUCACCGAAAACUGUGUGGUAGGAAUUCAAGCCAAUACAGAAAGGAUCAAUAAACUAAUGAAUGAGUCUCUAAUGUUGGUGACAGCUCUUAAUCCUCAUAUAGGGUAUGACAAGGCAGCAAAGAUUGCUAAGACAGCACACAAAAAUGGAUCUACCUUAAAAGCAACUGCUAUUGAACUUGGCUAUCUCACAGCAGAACAGUUUGAUGAGUGGGUAAAACCUAAGGAGAUGCUGGGUCCAAAGUGAUUUAAAGGAAUUUAAAUAAAAAUAAUUAUUGUAUAAAGUAAAGUGUAAGCAGAUCUUUUAUUUUUUUGGUGAAGCAAGAUAGUUUUUAUUGAGAUUUAUUUAGAAAGAUGGGAGGGGAGAACGAUGGAGAACAUGUUUGAGAAAGAACACAGGCCUCUUUUGAGUGGACAUAGACAAGCAGAUGAAAAACACUGAGACAAGCAAAUGAGGUGCAUGUUAAAGGGAGAACAUGACUUUGAAGAGCAAGACAAAUUUUUUAUUUCUUAAACAAAAAUGGAAAGGAAACUGCAUUAAAGAAUUUGAUCAGUAUAUUAAGCCCCAGGAAAGUGCCAGGUCCAAUAUGAAUUUGAAAGUAUUUUAAAAAUAUAUAAAAUAAAUUAUUUGAACUGUAUAAAAUAAAAAAGAAAACAGACUUUUUUUGUGUUUUUUUAUGUUAUAAUUCUCUGAGCUUUGCAUGUGUACUUAUCACUUGAUGUGUUUUUUAGAAAUAAAGCCAUCAUUUUUUUAAUGAG